GUCCUCAACAAAAAACAAUUUUCAAUCUCCAUCUCCGCGAACCCUAGUCUGAAACUCUAUUUCCGCCUCAUUUCAUCCUCCUCCAUUGUGACCACCGCCGCAAGUUAGCAUCUCAUGUCAUCUCCAUCUCCGCCGCAUUUUAAUCUCCGACCAUCUCCAUUUCCGCAUUUGAAUCUCCGCCAGAUUUAACGCCUCCAACGGCGCGAUUUCAACCACCGCCUUUUGACGAAGACUCUGUAGCAGCAUUCACGGCCGAAGCUUCUCUCAUUCUGCUGCCUCCGACGACGCGAAUUCCCAACUGUCACUACUGGAAUCCGACGGGGCCGCCGCGACCUAGAACUCGCCUCCGUCUCUAAAGUUUGCCACUGUGUUUAGACCGACGUUGCUGCUGUACUCAGAUUUCGGUGAGGAAGCAAAAGCUUGUCACCGUCGCUCCCUUGGCUCGACUAAACAGGUCAUUCAUCAACCUAAAUUCAACCCACAUUUCCAAUCAUAUGCACUAUUGAAGUAAGUUCCCAAAUUAUUGUUGCAUACUUGUUUCUUGAGAUGCUCGUUUCUGAUAACUUGUAAGCUCCUGUUAGUGCACUAUACUUGUUGGUCAUGAAUUUGUAAUUAAAACAUUGUUGCAAUUUUCAGUUUCGAAUAUUGUUGGUAAAUGAUGAUAUGUUUGUGAUGGUUUUUUGUGAAUAUGGCUGUCGAGUUUGUGUUGUCAGCUGUGUAAUUCAGUAGUUUAGAUCUUUCUAUACCUUGAUUAAUUUAUAAAUCACAAAUUUAGUUUGUGCUGUCAGCUGUGUACCUCUACCUUUGAUUUGUUUAGUAGGCAUAACUUCAAAACAAUAGAAAACUGUUGAGUAUGAAUAAGAGAUUGUCAAUAAUGUAUUUUGUUUGACAUAUUAUUGUUGGUGUUGUUAGUGAUGAAUUUGUGAAUAGGGCUGUUGAAAACUUGGUAGAAAAUAGAAAUUUCUAUUUAGGGAAUUAAUUUGUCAAGAACUUGGUAUAAAAUAGAAAUUAUGGAAUCGUUUUGUCAAGAACUUGGUAGAUUAUUAAACUUGGGACUGAUUUUGUUUACUUUUAAUGAAAUGUAACAUAUAUUAUUAUUCUAAAUUGUACCUAUACAGGCUAUAUAUUAAUUAGUCCAUUGAGAUAAUGGAUAAGACAUUUGGUAUAUCACAUGGAUCUACUCGUGAUGAUCGGGCGCGCAAGUUAGCAGAUAGAUUACUUGAUGCAACUCAAAAUCAACUUGUAUUGGUGCCUUGCAACGUUGAUAAACAUUGGAUUUUGACAGUCAUUCAACCUUUCAAAGAUCGUGUCUAUUUGAUGGAUCCGCUUUAUCAUCGAAAUCGAGAUGCAACAUGGAAAUCUGUGGUCGACACCGCAAUGACCAUUUUCAAUGCAAAUAAAGACAAAAGACAAUUCAAGAAAGCACCAAGUUGGGAAAUUGUAAAGGGUCCUGUGCAACCUGAUUCAAAGCUAUGCGGAUUUUAUGUGAUGAGGUUUAUGAAGGAGAUAGUAAAGGCGUUUGAAAGUGAUGACUCCAUUUCUUUGACUAAACUGUUUCAUAAAUCUGAGUAUUCUCAAUGUGAGAUUGACGAGGUUCGUGAGGAUUGGGCUUCUUGUGUGAUCCAUGAGAUUGACAAGUGAAAGGACAAUAUUGGUUUAUGAAGACCUUCGUUAGUUUUGGAUAUGAUGUUCCAACGGCUACUAUUUCGAGCUUCUUUUGUUUGUAUUAGUUUAGAGUGGAUUCAAACAUUAACCCAAGCUUUUAGGAUAUUGUGUUAUAAUAUGGAUGUAAGAUUGUUAAUGUUGGAUAAUUAAUGCAUGGAUAUGUUAUUGAGGAUUUAAAUUAUGUGUUGAAAUGUUACA